AUGGCUUCCCACAAAGGCAAAGUGAUUGCUAUCACCGGCGCAGCGAGUGGCAUGGGACUUGCAGCUGCCCAGUUACUCGCAUCUCGGGGGGCUCAGAUUUCCAUGGCUGAUCUCAACGAGGAAGCAUUAAAGACGGCCAUCGAGUCAUUGCCAGGUGGUCCUGAGAAGCAUAUUGCGACCCGCGUUGAUGUCCGCAAUGAAGACUCUGUGAAUGACUGGAUCGAAAAGACAGUGCAGAGAUUUGGCAAGCUUGAUGGUGCCGUGAAUAUGGCGGGAGUUCUAGGACCUUCAGUUCCGACUACCGAGUUGAGCAGAGAGCAGUUGGAAUUCGUUUUCUUUGUUAACGUUUUCGGCGUUUUCAACUGCAUGAAGGCCCAGCUCAAGGUGAUGAAAAGGGGUAGUAUUAUCACCAUGCCAAAUAGCUCUGCAUAUUGCUCCAGCAAGGCUGCCGUCAUUGCUUUCUCGAAAUCGACUGCCAAAGAAAACAGAGAUGUCCGUAUCAACUGUGUUGCUCCAGGCACUGUGUUCACACCAAUGUCUGCGCACAACGAUCCGAAACGCGUGGAGUCUGGCAUCCUAGCAAAUGCGCAGAGAAGACUUGGCUCUGCAGAGGAGGUUGCAAGAGUCAUUGCGUUUCUGCUCAGUGACGAAGCAACGUUCGUCACUGGGGCAGUCUACAAUGUUGAUGGAGGUUGGGUAUAUUGA